GUUCCCAUCCCUCCUAUCUUCUUCCUCCCGCCACAAUCUCCUUCUCUUCCUUUCCCAUUGCAUUUAUUGAGUUAGCCCUUCAACUUCAACCUCUUAUAUUCUCUUUUUAAAUUUCUUUAGAAUCUUAGUUUUCUGUGUGUUGAUUUUCUCAGUUUACUUCAUUUCAACCGCUUUGAGUAAUUUGUGUCAAUCUGAAGUUUCGAUUGUUUGCCGAUGAGGAUAUCCCGAGGUGGUGCCGCCGCCGCAGAAAUGAAAUCGGCAGUUGAACACAGAGGAUCUUUGAAAGAGCCGAGGUACAUAGGUGUUAGAAAAAGGCCAUGGGGAAGAUUCGCCGCCGAGAUUAGAGACCCAUGGAAAAAGACCCGAGUUUGGCUCGGGACUUUUGGCUCGGCCGAAGACGCCGCACGAGCCUACGAUGCAGCGGCGAGGUCACUCCGUGGAUCCAAAGCGAAAACGAAUUUUCCCGUGAAUCACACCGAUAUCCCACCUUUCGUAGAUGGUUUCAUUGACCGCCGUGAUUUUCAAGACCCGGAGGUGAACCCACAGAGACCCGAGAGGAGUGGCAUGAGUAGUACAGUGGAGUCAUUCAGUGGGCCGAGACCGGCGGCACGGCCGCCACAAAAGUCGACAGAUUUUGCGGCGGUCUCGGCUCCGAAGUAUCAUCCGAGAACGCCACCUUUGGUGCCGGAGGAUUGUCACAGUGACUGCGAUUCGUCUUCGUCGGUCGUUGAUGAUGGGGAUAUCGCUUCGUGCCGGACAAUGUUGCCUUUGAUCUCACUGUUCUAUGUCUUUAAUCACCAUGAUCAUAUGAUGAUGAUAAAUUAUUGAAUUUUUCUUUCUUUUCUUUAAAAAAAAAGGAGAAUAAGAGACACGAUUGAUGAAACUGGGCUUAAUUCGUAUGAAAUCUGUCUUUGAUUUUUAUCGCCUGAUAGAUCUUUGUUUUUAGAA